CUUAGUCUCAUCAGUGUGGUCCUUGGUGAUAGGUAUAGUCAAGAUGCUGACCAAGCUUCCGCCAGAGUUAUUGGAUAUGACCAUCCGCCUAAUCGAUAGUCGUACGGACUUGAGGCGUCUUUGUGAAGUCUGCAGGCGGCUUCAUGAUAUAACCCUACCACAUCUAUACCGCCCCCUGAUCCUAUCUGCGCCGGAGGUGCUGUUCGAGGACCUGGUCGCGAUUCUGGAGAAGAUACCACGGAAAUACUUAAAAUACACACGGGAAUUUGGCUUCACUAUUCCCAUCCACGAGCAAUUCGAAGCCCGUUGUGUCCACCACGAUGCCAAGGAACACAUCAUAGACGAUGAUGUCGAGGCUGGGCUUCCAGACCUAUUGCCAGAUGAUGACAAUGUUGAGUAUGGGACGAUCGAUGGCGAGACGGAUAUAGAUGAGAGUAUGGAGGAGGGUCAAGUCAUGGACCCUUUCUUUGACUUCAAUAGUGUCUUGAGCUCUCUGAGGUUCCCAGAUGAUCAGCUACGAAGUUUCCGGUUAGCACCGCAUUACUCAACAUGGGCAAUCUACUUAUGUGAAUACAGGUGGGAGGUAGGAACAUGUAUUCCGGAAGCCAUCUUUUACACUAUCCUUAGCAAUCAACGACAUAUUCAAUCCAUUACUUUGAUCACAGGCGGAGAAUGUGGUGCAAGUCAGUACUUGGUGGAUCUUGUCCAAUUCAGAAGACUACGGUCCCUUGACUGGAAGGGACUGCAUCGAUAUGACGACUUCAAAGCCGUCAGAGACUGCAUCAAAGUCCAUGGCCAUCAAAUCCAAUCCCUCACUCUCGAUCUCUUGAUCUGGGAUCGUGCAGAGGAAAUAUGGACUGAUGGAUUUCGUCAAUCGAGUUCCCAGCCCACCAGAGUCCCAGACAACUUCUUCUCACAAAGAGUGCUCAAUCUCCACCCUGGAGCUAAAAAGAUCAUACUUUCAUCUCUUGAGAAUCUUCACCUGUCAGCUGUGUCGUUUAAACAUACUGAUAUGGAAAUGGCGCAUGCGUUCAAUAUCGAACACCUGAAGAGCCUCAAGUUGCGAAACUGCCCGGGAUCCCUUGACUGGGUACGACGGAUACACAACGCUGGAAAGCCAAUGGAGCUGAAAUCUUUCGAGCUGGGUUUUGAUCUCGAUAGUCUUGGGAAAGAUGGGUAUACGCACAUCACGGAGACGAUCUGCAAUUUUGUCCAGCACGUUCCCAAUCUAGAGAGUCUCUAUCUAAUGCUCCCUGAGCCUAUGAAUUGGACCACGCUCACAGAUAGACUGUCAAACCAUCGUUAUCUCAAACUCUCUGUUAUGCACCAUCUGACGGAUCGAGGUGGUCAGUACCUUAUCGAUGGAGAUCUAGCAUGGCCUUUGCAUUUGGAAAAUAUCCUACAAAGAACACAUUUAACUUGUUUUGGAUCUUCCAUUCCAGCUAGGACCUUGGAAAUGCACUUGCCAAGGAUGCAACCGAGACCAUCCUGCAAACUGCUACAUAUUAGAACAAGUGGAGUUAUUCUUGAUAGACUAAGUGUUAUUAAGUCUGGGCAACCGAACUGGUUCUCUGACCCUCUAUAUACCUAUCAGUAUGGUGAAGGUUUUCCCUAUGUACUCGAUGAACAUGUAAUCAUGUUCGCGCACUGGGCGUUCAGUGCCGAUGGUCUUCCGGACCUUCAAGUCAUCGCCUGGGGAGACUUUUCAUAUGGCGGCCGCUAUUCCAAGGUGAAUCUUCUCCUUUGUAGAAAUGGUGAUGGAAUCUGGCACUUGACCCCUUCGAAUACCGUUGCUUGGAAUGUUUUCCAGGAUAAUUUGGAUAUGCUGGCAGCUUGUCCUUAUGAUGAUCUCCUAAUGCUAUGAUUUAUUUUGCGAUGGAGAGAC